AUAUAUGCAUUUUUCUGACUAGAAGAUGUCGGCGCCGAUUUUGGAAACCCUAGCUACACGGUCAUCUCCUCCGCCGGAAAACGGCGUCUUCUACUCUAAAUCGCCGCCGAUCGGACACCACUACACCUUAUCGACUCCUUACCAAGACUAAUCUCCAGAUUUGCAACUACAAUACCACCAAAACAACCCCAAACCCUACAAAAUCGACACUGAAAAAAACCGACGGAAAUUUCUUCGCCGCCUGCUAAACGACGCCUCCGUCGUCGGUUCAACGAAGACGACGGACAGUUGCGGUAGACCACAGCAAAAAUCCUUCUCUUAAGCUACUAAAUCAGAUCAAAAUCGGUUUCUAUUACAGAAUCGGAGAAGGAGUGGAUGACUUUCGAUGAUUCAAAGAAUAGAUCGAAAAUGAAAGACGAUGAAAUAUGCAAGAAGAAGAAGGAUCAAAGGAUAUAGCAGCCAGUUCAGCAAGAAAAUCAGAGGAAAUGAUCCCAAUAGAUUGCAAAUAGAAGUGGCAAAAAAGGCAAAUCAUUGAACACAAAUUCUAAAAUGUGUUGCAGGAACUUCGUGAUCCAGAAUAUGAAUGAGAGAUGGCACUCAAGAUUUCACAGAUGAAGUGCAUCACAACAAUGACAAAUACAGAAAAAGGAAAGAGAAGGAAAAGAAAAGCGGCCUCUCUCUUUUCACUCUACAAUCAUUAUAGAGAGAAGAUAACAUUGCAAGCAUGGGCGGCUACAAUACCUACUCUACUGCAUCAAGACAAAGGAUGGAAGAGCGUUGCUCUGUCAAUAGCCCCCCACGACAGAUUCUGAGCUUCUCCAAGAUCCGGACGGCCAACGUCUCCUUCUCCGACGCCGAUCACCACUCCGAGACCGAAUUUAGCGUCUCCGGCGAGCACGACCCCAAACUUUCUGAGGUUUAUGGAUUCGUCGGAUCCAUCACUACUUUUGUUUUUACAGGUCCAAUUCAUCUGCUCCUUUCGAAUAAUCACCCACUCUAUUUAUUUCCUUUUACUCGCGCAACCGUCAUAUUCAUCGUGUGGGCGUAUGUUCCUGACCAUUGGUUGCAUUCUAUUGGGAUCUAUUACUAUCCAAGCAGGUUCGUGUUUUCAUAUGAUUUACUCCUUGUAUUAUAUUACUCCUUGGAUAGUAAUAGAUCCCAAUAGAAUGCAACCAAUGGUCAGGAACAUACGCCCACACGAUGAAUAUGACUGUUGCGCGAGUAAAAGGAACCCGUUAGCUGCUAUUCUAGUUAUCUAAUCUUCAAGAUUCUGCAAGCUCCAACAAACAUGAGAAACUACACACGAAUACUUAUCAUAUCAUCUUUGCAUCUUCAAUCACAGUCCCAUAUAAUCCAUCUACACAUGUGUACCGCCACAAACAAUCAAGAAAAUAUAUAAUCGAUCCAAUGGCGCUUUAUACUUAAAUAUGCUUCAAUAAUGUCCAGCAUAUUAAAACUCUAGUGGCAAUAUACAUCAUACAGUAAUAUACAAUUCCACAGGUUUUCACAACCCCUAAAAAUUAAUCACGAACAAAUCCGCCGUAUUCACAUAAUUCAAAGAUAAAUUAGAACGAUAAGCAAAAAUUGAGAAAAAUGCACUAUUAACGUAACAAUACUAUUCACAUAAAUAGAGUGGGUGAUUAUUCGAAAGGAGAAGAUGAAUUGGACCUGUAAAAACAACAGUAGUGAUGGAUCCGACGAAUCCACAAACCUCAGAGAGUUUGGGGCCGUGCUCGCCGGAGACGCUUAAUUCGGUCUGGGAGCGGUGAUCGGCGUCGGAGAAGGAGACGUUGGCCGCCCGGGUCUUGGAGAAGCUCAGAAUCUGUCAUGGGCUAUUGACAGAGCAACGCUCUUCCAUCCUAAUUUCAGUUGUUGUGAUAAAAACGUUAAACGUAUAAGCCGACUUUAGUAUCACGCAAAGUAGAAUAUUCAGAAAGGAAACUUAAAAACGCUAUUAUAAAUUAUAAAGUAUUAUUAUAAUAAUGAUAUCUGGAUUACAAAGGUCACAGUUGGUUGCAUUGCCAUAUGCUAUACAAAUCGGAAGCACUCCUAAAUAUAAAUCUCCACUUACUUCCCUCUCUUUAUUCCAAUUAUUCACAACAAUUUGAUAAUUUACUAGAAUUUCUGCGGCUGCUAUGGGAACUGUUGUGGAUGCUGCAAACAAGGAAGCAAAUGGAAGAGCACCAAUCAACAAGGUCACCGUUGUGUUUGUUUUGGGUGGCCCAGGCAGUGGUAAGGGCACGCAGUGUGCAAACAUCGUCGAACAUUUUGGUUUUACUCACCUGAGUGCAGGUGAUCUUCUCCAAGCAGAGAUUAAAUUUGGUUCUGAGAAUGGAUAAUUUAGAGAGUUCAUUUCUUUUGAAGAAGAUUAAGGUUGAUCAAGGCAAAGAAUUAUGGCAUGGAGUAAAGUUUCUACCUAUGCUAAGAAUAAAGGCAUCAACUUUGAAUCUUCUAUAAAAAAGAAAUUGGCUAAGAGUGAAAUUUUAGUUACCAAAUACCAUAUAUUUAUAGUACAAGUAACUAAACUUUUCACUUUUCCUAAAUGUAUUACAUUAAUAUUGCUUUUAUGUUGCUUACUGAAAUGGAUAACGCUUCAUUAAUA